AUGUUUAAUGCCUUGAACGGUAUGGGCGGUGCUGGUCAAUCGGAUCCUACGGUCACCAACAAUGCCAAUACUGCCUUGGCUGUCACAUUCACUGUUUUUUCCUUGGUGGGUGCGCCUAUUUACAAUAUGUUUGGUCAUCGUGUGUUAUUACCUGCCGGUCUUUGCUACGUUCUUUAUGUGGGCUCCUACCUUACAGAUAAAGCUGCUUUCACCAUUGCUACCGGUGCCAUUCUUGGUAUCGGCGCUGGUGUCUUAUGGACCGCCCAAGCUGGUAUCAUGAUGUCUUACCCCGAUGAAAAAGACAAAGGAAAAGCCUUCUCCAUCUUCUGGAUGCUCUUCAACACGGGUGCUACCGUAGGUGCUGCCAUCCCCCUCGGCUCCAAUUGGAAAAACAGCACUUCCACUGUCACUCUCGGCACGUAUAUUGGCUUCAUGUGUAUCAUGGGCUUUGGCGCCUUCUUGGCCCUUACCUUACUUCCCGCUCACAAAGUCAUCCGUAAAGACGGUACUCCUGUCUCUCUCCACAAAUUCUCCAACUGGAAACGUGAAGCCAUCGAAGUCUUCCGCUUAUUCACCGACUGGAAAAUGUUGGUCCUUAUCCCCGUGUUAGCCGGCUCUAACUGGUUCUACACCUACCAAUUCCAAGUCUACAACGGUGGCGGUUUCUUUGGCCUGCGUGCGCGUUCCUUGAACAACUUGAUCUACUGGCUCUGUCAAAUUCUCGGUGCCGGUGCAUUUGGUUUCUUUAUGGAUUGGAAGCUCUUGGGUGGUCGUCGUACUCGUGCCUUCAUCGGCAAUUCCUUGAUCUUGGCCGUCCUCGUCGCUUCUUGGGUAGGCUGCAUUUUUGUCCAAAAGAAAUUUUCCUUCGAAUCUGUCAAGCUUCCCAAUCAUAAGCAAAUCGAUGUCAGUGAUCCCGAAUAUGCUGGUUACAUCAUUUUGUACGCCGUCUUUGGUAUCAUCGACGCCAUCUAUCAAGGUUUCAUCUACUGGCUCUUGGGUACCAUGACCAACGAUACUGAGCGUGCCGCUCGUUAUGGUGGCUUCUAUAAAACCAUUCAAAAUGCCGCUGCUGCUAUUGCUGCUCAACUCGACGCCAAACAUACUCCCUUCAUGACCCAAUUGGCCGUUAAUUUUGCCAUUGAAGGUGCUGGCUUGGUUUUGACUUACCUUAUCUGUUGGACUGUUUCCGAUGUCACUGUUGAAAAGGUCGAUAACUUGGCAGACGGUGGAAAUCCUGAAGUGUUGGUCGGUGGCCAUGUUGAAACCAUCGAAGAUGGUCGUAAAGAGAUUCAUCGCCAUGAAGACAAGGAUUACUCAUCCACCACUUCCUCUAACCUCUAG